CUUCUUUCAACAGCAGCAACAGAUAGUCAGCCACCUCGGUAGCUUGCUAGCCAAAAUAGCGGAAACAAUAAAGCUCUUUAGACGCUUUAGUAUAUAUUAGCCACUGUGUUUUAAACCCACUUCAGCCAUCUAGUUAGUUAUCUGAUUUAAUCUCAUAUUUACGAUGUUAUUGGUCAGCUAGCUGGCUGAUUAAGUUAUCACUAGCCUAGCUAGCUAACAUCCUCUACCAUGAGGUCACUAAGCUGCUCUCCUCCUGCUAAAGAAGGGGUCUGCUGGAUGGAGAAAGAAGCUCUGUGGCUGAACGUUGUCGUGAAAGAAGAGGAGGAGGAGGAUGUUACAAUACAAAAACAAGUAGAGGGUGAGGUUGUUACGGUGAAAGAAGAAGAGAAAGACGUUUCAGUGAAAGAGGAGGAGAAAGAGGAGGAUGCUGUUUAUGGAGUGAAAGAGGAGGAGGAGGAGAUGACUGUCACAUCCAAAAAGGAGGAGGAAGAAGAGGAGGAAACUGGAUAUAUGGGCCCGGUUUCCCAAAGGCAUGUUAAGGCAUCCAAUGGUUCCAACGAUGAAGUUAGCUGUGAGAUGGUUUUGGAAAACCGGGCCCUGAAUAACACUAGAGAGAGGCGUGACUAUCGUGGAUCCUCUGGGGAGCCUCAACAACAUCAUGAAGCUGGCGAGGCAGAGAAGACUCUCUCCACAUCAGAACAUCUCAAGAAACAGCAGCGGAAACGCACAGGGAAGACAUCUCACCGCUGCUCUGACUGUGGGAAGAGAUUCACCUCUUCAGCAGACCUCAAAAGACAUCAGAGAAUCCAUACAGGAGAGAAACCUUAUAGCUGUGAUCAAUGUGGGAAGAGAUUUACUGAUCUAAGCAGCCUGAAAAGACACCAGAGAAUUCACACGGGAGAAAAACCUUAUAGCUGUGAUCAAUGUGGAAAAAGUUUUAAUGUUCCAAGCAGCCUGAAAACACACCAGCGAAUUCACACGGGAGAGAAACCUUUUAGCUGUGAUCAAUGUGGGAAGAGUUUUGUUUCAUCUAGCCAGCUGACUGUACACCAGAGAAUACACACAGGAGAGAAAUGUUAUAGCUGUGAUCAAUGUGGGAAAAGUUUUGUUUCAUCUAGCCAGCUGACUGCACACCAGAAAACACACACAGGAGAGAAAUCAUAUAGCUGUAAUCAAUGUGGGAAGAGAUACUCUGGUAAAAGAUCUCUGAUCAGACAUCAGAAAAUACAUACAUGAAUGAGUUGUUUCAUAAUAUCAAUAAAAAUGUCUCAAUGUAGAACCCUAAACAUUUUCACCCUGUUCUAUUGAUAUCAGUGUGAUAUGAAGACUAGCCUCAUCAGGGGGAAAAUCCAGGUUCUGAAAUGAAAGAGAACAAUUACAAAAUACAAACAAAUGUAAAUUAAGUGAUUAACAAAAAGUGUUGCGUUACA